UAAUAAUUAAGAUAAAUAUGGAUUAAGGAUAAAAAGGUAUAGAAGUGCUUUUUACAGAUGGAUAAAUUGGAUUUGCUGUUUAACCAAAAACCGAUUGUUAACAUUUUAAAUAAACAGAUUUUCAUGAAUUGUAGUUUAAAUUGUAUUAAAAUUUAGAAUGAAGUAUGUAGAAUAAAAUAAAAAUUCAUUAUUUGCAUAACAGUGUAUUUAAUGUGGAGAUUCAAAAGAAAAUUGGAUUUGUAUUCAAUGUAGAGAAAUUCAUUGUUCUAGAUUUGUAAAUGGUACUUAAAAAUUGUUAAUAAAUUUUUUAGCUCAUAUGGUUGCCCAUAAUGAAAAAACGAUGCAUCAAAUAGUGUUAUCUCUAACAGAUUUAUCAUUUUGGUGUUAUGAAUGUUUUUCAUACAUAACAAAUUAUUUGAUUUCAAGAGCAAGUAAAUUGUUGUCAUCAAUAAAAUUUUUAAAUUAAGAAGACAGUAAGGAUGAGACUUAGGAAAUGAAAUAAUUAAUUGAAUAGAUUUCAAAUUUGAAGGUCAUGGAUGAAGGGGAGUUUAAUUAUAAUAAAUUGAUUGAUGGAUUGAAAAAUAAAAAAUAUUAGAGAAUUUGUGUAUUAAGUGGUGCAGGAAUGAGUGUAGCUGCUGGGAUUCCAGAUUUUAGAACACCUGGAACAGGAUUAUAUUCAUAGAUUUAAAAAUAUAACUUACCUACACCCGAAAGUGUUUUUGAGAUAGAAUAUUUUAAAAAAAAUCCUGAGGCAUUUUAUUGUGUAGCAAAAGAAUUCUUAUUAAGUUUUGAUGCUAAACCAACAAUAGCUCAUAAAUUUAUAAAAUGGUUAGAUUAAAGAGAAUAAUUGUUAAAAUGUUUUACAUAGAAUAUUGAUGGUUUAGAACUUGAUGCUGGUGUAUAAUAAGAUAAGGUUAUUUAAGCACAUGGACAUAUGAGAACAGCUAGAUGUAUAGAAUGUUAGGAAGAAGCAUCAAUAAAAGACUUUAUGAAUCAUAUAAAAAAGGGAGAUAUUCAUAAAUGUGAAAAAUGUCCAAAAAAAGGAUUAAUAAAACCUGAUGUUGUAUUUUUUGGUGAAGGACUUCCUGUUGAAUUCUUUUAAAAUUGGAAUAGUUUAGGAGAUGCAGAUUUAUUAAUUGUAAUUGGAACUAGUCUUAAAGUGAUGCCUUUUGCAGUAAGUGUUUAUAAAGUAGGAUAAUCUAUUCCAAUAUUAUUGAUUAAUAGAGAAAAUGUUUUACAAGGAAGAAACAAUUUAAUUCAUUUAGAUGGUGAUAUUGAAGAAAAUUGUAAAAAGCUAUUAGCAGAUUUGAAAUGAUAUAGAUGAUAUUGAC